GCGGAGUGGUUCUUACAAGCGAAUACGUCAUGAUCACUUGUUAUCGUGUUGCUUUAUUCCUCUUGUCGUGCCUAGCGAUCGCUCAAGGUCAACGCAUAUCGAAAAGAAAAUGUUCGGAAUAUCGCGAGCAAACGAUUUUGCGGGCGCAAUUCAUCUACCUGCAGCCCAACCCUGAACCAAUUGUUUUGGAACUAUUCAACUGCUCCAAAACGGUGAAACUUAUCGUUGGUGGCGAGGAGGCUAAGCCGGGGGAGUUUCCCCACCAGGCCGUGCUCGGUUGGAAGUCCAAAACCGAUCCUAGCAAGUUCGACUUUCGCUGCGGUGGCUCGCUGAUCAGUGAGCGGUACGUCCUGACGGCAGCUCAUUGUUUCGAACCUGGGCCUCCCGAUGUUGUACGAUUGGGAGAGCUCAAUCUGAAGAACGACAAUGACAACCAGGAAGACUACGAAGUUGAAGAGUACAUCCGACACCCUCAGCAUCGGUUCUUCCAAUCGUACAAUGACAUUGCCUUGAUCAAGCUGGCGGAAGAUGUCCCAUUUCAUUUGUUCGUUCGACCGGCUUGCCUGUGGGACUCGUAUGACAUGAACGUAACGGAGGUGAUCGCCACAGGAUAUGGUUUAACCGAAGACUUUGAACAGUCGGACAAACUGCUGAAAGUUCAACUGGAUUUUCUUCCGAGAAAGGAAUGCGUCGCUCAGUACGCCAAACAGCGUAAGUUCAAGCAAGGAAUCAUCGAGGAACAGCUUUGCAUCGGUAGUGUUCGUGAAGGUCGUGACACUUGUCAGGGUGAUUCGGGCGGUCCCAUUCAGGUGAUUACGGAACCGGAGGGAUGCAUGUUCCACGUGCUUGGACUUACCUCGGCUGGAUCUGCGUGCGGAAUUGGACGAUCACCAUCCAUCUACACCCGGGUGGCGGGCUACAUCGAUUGGAUUGAGAGCAUUGUGUGGAAAUAGGAUUUUGCUGUCAAAAUA